AUGUCUACCGCUGCGGGUGCUCCUCCCCCCCCUCCCGGACGCGGUUCGGGCCCUCGUUAUAGCCACUAUACCGAUAAGUCGGACCGCCGUUGCGCCCUGGGCGACUACCUGGUGGAGGGUGACUCCUUCGAUAAGGAGUUCGCACCUCCGGAGGAGCGUAACGUCCACAUCCUGGUCGAGGCCCGCCCUAAGGUCGGGGCCGUGCCGGGCGCUCGCGCCGUCCUGUCGCCCGAGUUUCUGGCCCUGGGCCGGGUUUGGGCUUGCACCCUAGCUCUGGCCGAGAUGGAGCCUGCUCCCGUGCGCCCCGCCUACACCCUCGCCCCCGUGCCGGGUGUUAUCUCUCCCCCCGCCGCCGCCGACGACAACGACGACCCGAACCGUACCCUCGUCCUCGCCGCUAACGCCUUAACCCCAACUCGAGCGGGUAGCCGUUCCGGCGCUGUACCGAGCAUGCAGCUUGGCGUAUUUGCCCAGGGCGUGGCUCGGGCCCUGACGGGCAUCCAGAGUGACGUACGCGGCCUCGCCCGCCGUUAG